GCGCGCGCGCGUGUGACGUGCUGCGCGCGCGGCUGGUGUGCAGUUGCGCGCGCGCGUGGUGUGCGGUGUGACGCGCGCCUGGACCCGUGUGCGUGGCGGCGCGCGGUGUGCGUGUGCGCGCGCGUGUGCGUGUGCGCGCGCGUGUGCGUGCUGCGCGCGCGUGUGGCCGUGUCGCUGCGCGCGCGUGUGCGUGUGCGCGCGCGUGUGCGUGGGUUUCUUCUCAUGGCAGAGGCUGUGAUGGCUAUGUCACAAGACAAUCCGAUAUGUGGCAGAUUUGGAAGAUCCUCAAGGAUACAGAUUCACUGGAUAUUGCAGGCUCUUGCUGCAUCAUUCAUAUACAUUGGAUUCCUUGUGAUUGUAAUAAAUAAGAAUUUGAACAACAAACAUCACUUUCAUACAUGGCAUUCCAUUUUUGGGUUAAUAACUGUAAUAAUGGUUGGACUGACAAGUAGUGGAGGCGUUGGAGCUCUAUAUUCUGUGAGGACUAAAGAAUUUAUAAGGCCUGCAUUAAUAAAAUUGAUUCAUAACAUUGCAGGUAUAAUUACAUACUUCUUUGGUACUAUAUGCAUGAUUCUUUCAAUGUAUUCUGAUUGGUUCACCAAAAGAGAAUCACAUUCAAAUGCAACACAAGUGAUUUGUAUUCUCUUAAUUGUUCUGUCAUCAGUCUUUACACUGCAAAGUGCUGCAAGAUCAGCAUAUUUGAAAAUUAUUCAGAAUUGUUGAAGACAUUGAAAAACAAACUUUUUGCAACAUUUUGCAAAACUGUUUGUCUUGUAAAAUCUUGCCUACUAUUUGCCAAUUUGAAAUUAUUGUAUCUUGAAUAUUUUGUUACACCAAAUAUUGGGGAACAAUGCUAUUUUUUCCCCUAUUUUUAUAUAGUUUUAUCUAUUUUUAAGGAAUUAGGAAACAAACUUACAACACUUGGUUUGACACAACAAUGUUGUUGGUUUUUCACAAUGAUGAAUAUCAAUAUGAUAAACCAACAUGAUGUCUCGAUUGAUUUAAUUUGAUUAUGAUGGUGAUGAAAGAGAAGCGUUUGGGUCCUGCUAAUGUGUUGAGAUUUUUAUACCCUGACACUUUGUAUUGGAAAUGAAAAAAAAAGAAAAAAAUAUUUUUGGAGAUACUUUACCAAAAACUAACUGAAUUUCGUUUAUUGAAUUAAUAUAUUUUUAUAAUUGUAGAUUGUUGGUGCUAUUUGUUAUUAGUGAUAAAAAUUUAUAAACACCUUGUACUUCUCAUUGUUUUGAAAAGCAGCUUUUUGUUAUCAAUGGAUGAAUUUAUGGUUAGAUGUUAAAGAUCUUUUGUUAAAGUUUUUUUCUUUAGGUAAGAAUUGUAUUGCCGUUUAUUGACUACAUUUUCUCAAUUAUAUAUAUGUUGUGAGUGUGAUUUACUUGGUAGUAAUGUUUGUCAUUGCAUGCAUUGUAUUUUCGUGGGUGGAUCCAGUCCAUCAUUUUGGGGGGGGGGGGCAUCAUAGAUUUUUGUUAAAUAAGAAAUGUUUAUUAUAUUGUAUAUUAUUUAUGUAGUGUAUAUAUAUGAUACUUUAAUAUUAUUUUUUAAAUAAUUACAUGAUUAUAACAAAUAUUUUAAUCAUUUUUGUCAAGUAAAAGAACGCAAUGAACAAAAGCUCUGAACCUUUAGGACCAUGCCCCCCACCCCCCUCCUGGAUCCACAACUAUGUAUUUAAGCUCUUCAUUUAAAGAUUAUUAUUAAUCUGAAAAUUAUCCUAGGUGUUUCAAAAUAUGCAUUUCUUUCUGUUGUAAUUAUUUUGAUAGAACAACUGUUAGUCAAUUAUGUUUAAAAAAACAAAAUAAAUUUUGUUAUAAGUAUAUAUUAACUGUCUGCCUGUUUGUUUAAAGUGUCUGAAAAUGUGUAUGUAAGGUAAUACAGAAAUAUUCAUAAUUUGCCUGUUUUCUUUAUUUGCAGCAAUGAAUAACCUUUGUUAGUAGUAUUUUAUGAGGCAUUCUUUAUUUUUUCACCGUUGGAACAACAUUUCUAAUGGAGACAUCAUUAUCACAGUAUUUCUAACAAUGUAAUAUGGUCAUGGUUAUUGUUGUUAUAAUUUACUUACACUUAGUUGUUGAGGAGGAAUUUUGAAAAAGUAAUUUUUAAAUGUUGUUCGUUUAAGAUAUUGAUGAACAUGAACCACAUUGUUCCGAGUUCUGUAUGCUGAUUUGCCAAGUCCUCCUUCAUAAAAACCAUUUUGAUGAUAAUAUUUGAAGACUUUGGGAAUUAUGGGUUAUGAUGAUGGACUUAGAACUCCAUCUGAAUCAAAUUAGG